CCGCGCAGUGGGAGAUGCGAACGUUGGAGCGAGGUGCCAAGGGCGAACCCGAGAUGUCGUCCGCUCUCCAUCUCCUCCACCGCCAUUGCUGCCAGCGAUUGUUAUCUCCUCUCCGUCUCGGUGGUGCUCUACCUGUAGACGUCGCUCUGUCCUCCGCUUCGCUUCAAGCCUUUCAUCUCCUCGAACGACCGGGGGAUCCAAAGUACCAGAAGCAUGAGAGAAACCCUAUCAAGUAUUGGAACACCUUCUACAAAAACCACCAGGAUAAGUUCUUUAAAGAUCGGCACUAUUUGGAGAAGGAUUGGGGACACCAUUUCUUGCUAUCUGGUGAGAAGGGCCAGGCUUCUACUCAUCCUAAGGUCGUGUUGGAGGUUGAUCUUUGCUCUGUCCAUGUUGGUUGUGGAGCUGGAAACACUCUUUUCCCACUUCUAGCAGCAUUUCCAGAUGUCUUUGUUCAUGCACGUGAUUUCUCACCUUUUGCAAUUGCACUUGUCAAGAUUUUUAUGUUGUCUGCAGUGUCUCCAAUGAAGAUGCCUUUGGCAUUGCAGAAUGUCAGAAAUGUUCUUAAGCCAAGUGGUACCUUACUUUUCAGAGACUAUGCCAUGGGGGAUUUUGCUCAAGACAAACUUGCCAAGAAAGGUCAGAUAAUUAGCAAUAACUUCUAUGUCCGUGGCGAUGGCACUUGCGCUUUCUACUUCUCUGAAGAUUCAUUGUCAACCUUGUUUGAAAGAAAUGGCUUCAACACUGUGGAAGUCAGUGUGUACUGCAAACAGAUUGUGAAUCACUCCUGAAAAGCGCUGGAUACGUGCCACAUUCUGCAAUGUGGGUCAUUCUGACCACCAAGUAUUGCCUUCAACUAGUAGUUGCUAGCUUGAUGGUUAAGUGGGAUAACCACACAUGGACCCGUUUUAUGGCUUUGGAAGGUCAGCUGCAUAUGCCUGGAGUUUUGGCAUUUUUGAAAGACAACAACUUUAGCAACCUGAGGUGAAAAAUCUCAUUUUUUUAUGUUACUUCAGGUGAGUUAUGCUUUUCUAAUAUAGGAAGUGAAUAGGUGAUGGUUUAUGUAGUUAUAGCUGCUACUUUGUAGCCGCCAAACCUCUUCAAAAUGAGAAUGAGCGAAUCUGGGGCUUGAUACUCAAGAUGAGAUUAUGACUUGCUGAUGCAAAUUCUUGCUCAUUCGAUGUUUGUAUAUAUUUCUUGAUUGUAUAAUUUUUAUAAGCCUUUGUUGUGAACUUAGACUGUAAGUUGUUCUGAUUAUAUAAUUUUUAAAGCUUGCAGCAGCUUUAAUCCACAUGCGCUGUUCCUUAACAUUCUGCUGCAA